UGUGUCCUCUUUGAAUCCCAGACCCCACCUGGUCGACCAGACAUGAAUCUCCUGCCUGCUUCCCCUGUAAGUAUGUUCUGCACCCUCUUCAGCAGCGAUAUCCCAGGCUCCACACGCAAUCGCAGAGAUAGACAGCCGCAGCUAACACCCACGGUGGAGAAUAUUCAUUUGGCCGCUCCGGUGACCACGUAAUGGCUUGCUAUUAUCCUCUGAAAAGCACACGGCCGUAAUUUUAGGCCAUUUUAUAUGCGACUAGCUUUCACACCGGGAUAGAGGUUGGAAUUAUUAUUAUUAUAGCAUACUUAAACGGCGACACAUAUUAUAAGUUACUAGGGCUUUAAGUCUUUCCCAGCCUCUCCUGUUAUUUUCUUUCUCUACGAUCUAUAUAUACUGAACGCCAGGCUUUCAAUUAGUUCGAUAUUAUCAGGUACAUACCUACCACUCAGUCAUGGUCAACCGGGUACAUAUAAUUCGACACGCGGAAGGAGUCCACAACAUCCACCACGACAAAACCAUUCUCGAUCCCGAACUAUCGCCCAACGGAAUCGAACAAUCGAAAAGACUCAACCAAACAUUUCCCUACAAACAGGACGUUGGCCUGGUUAUCACGUCUCCUUUACGUCGCACCCUUCAUACUGCGAUCGAAGGGUUCCGGGAUAUUAUCGAUCAGCAAGCCUUUAUUCAGGGUUCUAAUGAAGGCAUACCAAAUGGAGCUCCAUUGCUUCUCGAUCCGGAGUUGCAGGCACACUCCGAUCGACCAUGCGACACAGGAUCCGAGAUCAAAGUGUUACAAGCUUCUUUCCCUACCGUCUCUCUGGCAAAAUUGACAACAGACUGGUAUGUGAAAGAGGGGCCAUAUGCACCGGACAAAGAAUCUCUCGAUCAACGGGCUCGUAAUGUUCGACGCCGUUUGAUCGAGCAGUUCAAGGAGUUGGAUCGCAAUGGAGAUCGACGGCGCGAUAUCGUUAUUGUCUCUCAUGGUGGCAUUCUCACCCAUAUUAUGGACGAUAAGCAUUUUGCCGUACCAGCAGCUGGAUGGCGGACUUUUGCCGUUUCAGAGGACGUAGAUGGAAACGUCAAGUUCGAUGAAAUUCUAGAUUAGAAACAGAGCCAUUAUUUAUAG